AUCUCCCCCUCCAUCCGUUUCAUUAUCGCUUCGACCUCCACUGACCGCGUGUCUCAUUUACUCCUACACAACAAGGACCUUCCUGUUGAACCGCUCUGUAAGUUUGUUUCUCAACAUCUCCUUCUGUAACAUCUCCAGCUUCUCCGACAGCCGUCUGUCCGUCUGUCUGUCUGUCUGCUCAGUGCAAUCAGUGGCUGGAGGGGGCAGCUGGUGUUGAUGAAUUGGGCGAGAUGAUGGAGGUCCAUGCAAGUGGGCUGUAAUAUUAAACCCCUCUCUCGCCUUCCCUCACCAGGCGCAAAUCAGGCCCACUUCUUUCUCUUGCUUCUCCUUUAUUGUCAUCUACACACUCUCUCUACCUAGCCAACUUUCUUGUUGUUUCUGAAGAAAGAGAAGAAGAGCGUGUUUUGCUGCCUGUUCUAUUCUGUUCAGUCGGAUACCUAUCUGAUUACGAGUGUGUAUGCGUUGCUGUUCUGUUAUUGCCUACCUAUAUUCCUCUUGCUUCUUCCUCCUCCUCCUCCCCCGCUAUUCACUGCUGCCCGCUGCCACCGCCGCAACAAGCCACUACCACUCACUACCGACCACUUGCUAACUUUUUUGUUCUCCUCUUACUUGUAACAGCUGCCGAAUAUCAACGGUUUUUUUCUUUGAGGACACACCACACCACGCACCCACCAACCGAGCCACGCGAUUUACUGCUUGCGCAUCACCGAUUGAGUUUCUUUUUUUUUAAGGGAGUUUAGACAACAACCACAAGAAAACCGCAAUCAUGGCAUCAAACAGCGCCACCGUCAACGAGGAGUGCAUAACCGCCUACAACGACCUCAAGCUCAACAAGAAGUACAAGUACGUCAUCUUCAAGCUCUCGGACGACAACAAGGAGAUUGUCGUCGACAGCACCUCGGAGAGCGGCCCCGAGUACGACGACUUUCGCGAGAAGCUCAUCAACGCCAAGACGAAGAGCAAGACCGGCGCCGUAGGCAAGGGUCCCCGCUACGCUGUCUACGACUUUGAGUAUAAUCUCGCUUCUGGGGAGGGUGUCCGGAACAAGAUCACCUUCAUCGCUUGGUCCCCUGAUGAUGCCGGUAUCAUGGCCAAGAUGGUCUACGCCUCCUCCAAGGAGGCCCUCAAGCGCGCCCUCCCCGGCAUCGCCACCGAGGUCCAGGCCAACGACGCCGACGACAUCGAGUACGAUUCGCUCGUCAAGACGGUGAGCAAGGGGACUGCUGCUUAAUUUUUUUUUUUUGGGCGGCGCGGCGGUCGAGUUGUUGUGUGACAAAGGAGAGGGGAUAAACAUGGUCAUAUCAGAGAAAUGGUUAUGUUGUUAUACGCGAGUAAGCGGGAAGGAUGGUGGUGGUGGUUAGGGUAGAGGAGGAGCAUGCUGUAGUUGUCUGAACUGAUAUUGCGAGUUUGUUGCUUGUUUUUUUCGUUGUUUUCGUCGUGGUUUAUGCCGAGUAUUAUUCUUGAUGAAGAAUACUGAAGGGGUUGUGCUUGUUUCUGUCUAGUCAACCCCCCGUUUCAAGUCCAAAGUUGGGGAUAAUGAUAGUCGAUGAGGAGAUAUAUUCACCGGGCCUGUCAUUAUCAAAAUCACAGAUAGUUACAUCUCGAUAGGUCCUCGCAAAGGAUAAUCUACACGUUCAAGA